CGGUUGAAGUGCGCAUGUGCGGAAGUGGCGCAGCGCGCAGGACGUGAAGUCUCGUUCUCAAGUGACAUGAGGGACGCGGUGAUGUCCGUUUGAGCGGAUACUCGGCUCCUCGUUCCGUGCAGCUGAAGUUUGUUUGGUUGAAAUCGACCUCGGCUGUGGUCGAAGGCCGCCGCGGGUCUCUCCUGUUCGGAGUUCAGUCUGAAAUUGGCGGAAGGAGGUGAGGAGAGAUGUCUUAUCACUCAUCCUCCCGUGGUUCAUCUCGAGCGACUGACUGUAAAGUGUACGUCGGGGACCUCGGCAAUGGAGCGGCCAAGGGCGAGCUGGAGCGAGCGUUCAGUUAUUACGGGCCACUGCGAAGCGUGUGGGUGGCCAGGAACCCACCUGGAUUUGCCUUUGUGGAGUUUGAGGACCCCAGAGAUGCAGAGGAUGCUGUCAAAGGCAUGGAUGGAAAGCUCCUCUGCGGGUCUCGUGUUCGGGUAGAGAUGUCCACGGGUCUUUCCAGGAAGGGCCGUGGUCGUCUCAGCCGUCGGCAGUUUGAUCCCAACGACAAAUGUUACCAGUGUGGGGACCGGGGCCACUACGCCUACGACUGCUACCGCUAUAGCAAGAGGGGCCGUCGCAGCCGGUCUCGCUCUCACUCACGAUCUCGCUCCAGGUCCAGGUCCCAUGGGCGCCGCUACCGCUCUCGGUCCCGCAGCCGGAGCCGAAGCUACAGCAGGGGCCGCCGUCGCUCCCCCUCUUAUUCCAGGCGCCGGAGCAGGUCUGGUUCCCAGGCUCGGUCCAAGUCCAGGACUUCAGUGAGAAGUCGUUCCCGAUCCAGGUCUCGGUCUCGGUCGGGGUCUGCACCAAGGGGGCGCUCUGCUUCCCGAUCCCGGUCCAGAUCCAGAUCUAGAUCUCGAUCUCCCUCUGCCAACCACAAGAGGAACAGCGUGUGGUGGGAGCUGAGCACUGCACUGACACCGCAGCUGAUCCCAGGCCCAGGGUCUGCCAGCUGGCGGUGUGUACGUCCUGCAGGAGGGUGACUAAGAGCUGACCUGAGAUCAGCCUGCGACUGCAUCUGGUGUUAGACAGCGAGAAAGAGGUCGACCUACCGACCGAACCCCCCCCAGAGAGAGUGGGUGACUGUUGUUCGACCGACGCACACGCUCAGACGAGAUCAGCUUGCACACACAUGCAGUUGUUCAACUAGAGUCACCCGUCCAGCCAGCCUUCAGACGUACCAGAGGGCUGCCUACACAGAUCACAGUUCGGCCGUUUAAAUCCAUUACCAGACCCCCCACCUGCCAGAGCUCUCCGGCUGCGUCUUAGCUUCUGAGUGUGAGAGAAAGAGCUGACGAGAGAUCAGUCUUCAAGAGCCUCCCGCCGCAGUGUCUCUGCAAGUUGUAGUCGUCCGUCCUUCAGUCCUUUCAUCCUUCGCUUCUCUGUACUUGUUGUUUCUACCACUGUCUCCAAAGGUAACCAAAAACCAACCCCCCCUGACAAGCUCAUGUUGAUGAUGGUGACAAAUGUUCAGGCUUUCUCAGCCUUAAACAAGCAUGCUAAUGUUGCAGCGUGAAUGAGAGAGCGACUGGAAGACUGAGUGAGAGAGAGUGGUGACGAGCUGAUGUCUGAGGAGGUUUUCUCGUCUUUUUCUACUUGUUUAACAUCAUUUAAGCUCUUUAUGUCUAGCCGUUAUUGUAUUCGCCCUUGGGUGUCAGGUACAUGUGCAGCUUUGACUCUGGACGACUAUUCCUAUACUGACCCACUCCAAUCAUAUUUUGAUCUGUUUUCAAAUCAUUCCCAGUGGAAUUUUAAUUGUGAUUAUGCCGUUUUUAGGCCAUAUUUUUAAAAAACACUAUCGUUUCUGCGGGAGUUCAUUAGAAAUUCACCUCUGAGUCAUGGGCGGGACUGUUGGCGUGGAGGAAGCCCACCCCUCUUCCCGUCACCCAUAACUCAGAGCUCUUUGUUUACAAGCUUUCCUGCUUGCAGCCCCCAACACCCCCAACUUUAGUUUGGAUCAAGAUUCCAGCUCAGGUGAGGAAACAGACGUCUGCAAGUGGAUGCAUCAGAAUGGGGCGAAGCAGGAAGCUUAUGGCCCCGCCCACCAACUUUUCAAAAAAAAAUUUUCAUCUGCUUUUGAUUCACAGUGAUUUAGAUAAAUUAAUACUCGCGAGAAAAAGGCAACAAGAACAUGUUCAAAACGGCGUUUUCAUUGGAGUGGGUCUUAAAAGAAUACUCGUUUCAGAGGAAAACCAACAGAUGUGUUUAAAGCACAAAGCUGUCGGCAUGAACCUGAUAUUCAUGCGGUUUAUAAACUUUCUCAUAUUAGAUCAGGAACAUAAAUAUGUGCUGUGUUUUUAUCUUCCCCCUGCAGCAAAUUAAUUCCUCUCCGUUUGUGUUUCAGUCGCUCCCGUUCGGCAACUCCCAACCGAAGCCCCACACCUGCAGAUGACUGAGUGAGGAAGAGUUUGUCCCCCUUUCCCCCCAACAACCCCUGCACCCCAUCAGCUUUUACACCCCAGUUACAGCAGCCGCUUAGUUUUCUUAUGGUUUCUUCUUUUGGUAUGUCUGUUUAGUCCCAGGGUUGCAGGUUUAGUUUCACCCACAGGACUGUGACCUCUUCAGGUCCGGUCAGUACAGCAGGUAGAGGCGGACACGGGGGGAUUGUUUUAAAUGUUGCCGCUGCGUCCUGCUUCUCAGCAGGUUUGCAGCACAGAUAGGAAACAACCUUUGAUGCAUCUGACUUAGCAGCCUCGGAGUAAGCUGUGGCAGAAGAUUUGAUCAGCGUUUGAGAGAAACUCUGAAAACUUGUUUACGUUGAGCUCAAAUGUCAGAACCUCCUUGAGCUGCAGUGUUGGGAAACAUUUGCACACUUCAUGAAUGUCAGUUUCUUCUCAUACUGGAAUAGUGAUACGGUUUCUGGUCUGCAUGCCUUUAAAUGUCACAUUCCUGCUGUUUUUUUCUGCCCUUUUUACUAACACGGUCAGCGUUAGAGCUGAUUGUCCCUUCGAUUUGAAUCUCUGACUUGGUUUUAAGAUGCAUACAAAGCUCUAAAUUAACUUGUGCAGGGGCUGCUUUGUUUGUUUGUUUGUUCCUGGCUUAUAUGGUUAAACUGUGGCAGUUUUAUUUUUGAAUAAACAUGUUCAACAUA